AUUAUUCUAGUUUUAUUUAAAUUAUUACUUUCACUUACAAAAGAAUUAGGUGUUAAUAAUACAUGAUUUUAUUGUAAUGGAAACUUGGGACUGCUGUAGGACUUGUUUAAGUAAUGAAAGUUUGUGUCCCAUUUAUGGUGGGCACGAAAACUUUAUUGAUGUCGUUUAUUUAGCAAUUGGAAUUAAUAUAGAGCCCAAUGACAACUUACCACAACUUAUGUGUUCAACCUGCAUAAACUUCAUAAAAGAAAUAUGUAACUUUAAGAAAAACGCGGAGAGCGCACAAGUAAAAUUACUCGAAAGGCUGGAAAGAAAAGAAUUCAAAGUUAUCAAACCAGAAUUCUUAAUAGUUAAAACAGAAAACGAACUGCCAACUCUUGACUCUUUUACAGAGCUAAAUAAUGAUUGUGAUGAUGACGAUGACGAUGUACCAUUACGUAACUUACAGCACAAAAGUAAUUUUGAAAUAGACAAGGAAAAAAUUGAAUUGGAAAUAACCCCAAAAGAAGAAACAUAUAAUAUUGAAUACAAACCGAAAAGUACAAAUAAAAAGAAGAAUGCAUCAGAAAAACGGCCUGCAAAAAGAAAAGCACGGAACAAAAAGGAGAAUUCAGAAGAACAGAAGAGCAGCAAGGAGAAGAAAGGAGUGAAAGAGGAGAUUGAAUGUGAAUAUUGCCAUAAGAUUUUAACAUCUAAAUUGUCAAUGAGGAAUCAUUAUAAAAUACAUACCGGUUUUGAUUUUGUCUGCGAGCAUUGUGGUAAGAAAUUCAUAACUCGAAGGCUGUUGCUGAUGCAUUGUCGAGCAAAACAUGGUUAUGAGAAGACUGACAAAUGUUCAUAUUGCGACUAUAAAGCCUCAAACGCAGAGCAGGUGAAGAUCCAUGAACGCUUACACACCGGUGAGAAGCCAUACGUGUGUUCAGAAUGUGGGGCUGGCUUCCACCGCAAGAGCAGUUACCUACAGCACAUCGCGAUACAUCUGCCUGAGAAGACUGUGCAGUGCGACUCGUGUCCGGCCCGCUUCAAGUCCGUUACAUUAAUGCGUAUCCACCGCUCGCGGCACCGGCCGCCGGCGCGCCGUUUCGGGUGCCGCCUGUGCGGGCGCAGCUUCGCCCGACGCCGGAACGUCGCGCGACACCUCACCGCUGUACACGCGACCGCGCCCGACCCAACGCAUAUACAUACCGUUAAAAUAUAGAUGCUG